AUGAGGCUGCAACUAGAGCUGGCUGCCUUGGCGCACAACGCGACCGACAAGUAUGGCAAUCAUGUCCACUCCGGAAAGCACGUGCACGUCUCACCCGACUCGCCGCUGUUCGGAUGGUACAUCGCCGUGGUCAUUCUGCUAGUCCUGUCUGGAGGAGUCUUCUCGGGACUGACUCUCGGCCUCAUGGGUCUGGACACGGUCAAUCUGCAAGUCCUCGGUCAAGCGGGGACGCCGGAUGAACAGAGACAGGCACCUAAAGUUCUGCGCCUGAUCCGGUCGGGCAGACAUACGAUGCUCGUGGUGCUACUUCUGGGAAACACCCUAAUCAAUACCUCUCUCCCUAUCUUCCUGGAUGGCAUGAUUGGGGGAGGCUGGAUAGCUAUCCUGGGCAGUACGGCUCUAGAAGAUAAUACCGCAGUCAAGUACGGACUAGCAAUAGGAGCAACCUUCGCCCCGGUCGUCCAGGUCUUGGUGUACCUCAUGUACCCCAUAGCCAAGCCUAUAGCCAUGAUCCUCGACUACAUGCUCGGCGCGCACGACGAGCCGACAACAUAUCGGAAAGCCGAGCUGAAGACCUUCGUCAGCCUCGGCGUGGAGGAUAUGCUCGGGGCGGACGAGGUGUCGCUCUUGGGUAGUGUAUUGGAGUUCUCGGGCAAGACGGUGUCGGAUAUCAUGACGCCCAGGGAGGAUCUGUACUGUCUCAGUGCCGAGAAGAUUGUCGACGAGGAGCUUGUAGCAGAAGUGCAUCAUCACGAGACCUGCUUAGGGCGCUCGCUAAUCCUGCAGAUCCUACGGAAGGGGUAUUCCCGGAUACCGAUCUUCGAGCCAUCUUCCCCAAACGCCUUCAUAGGCUGCCUCACGAUCCGCGCAUUGGUCGAGUAUGACCCUACCGACCUACAGCCGAUCUCGACACUGGUCACUCAGGCAUUACCGCAGUGUACCCCAGAUCUGCCACUGCUGGAGGCACUCACAUACUUCCAGACGGGGCGGAGUCAUAUACUGCUCAUCAGCAACCAGCCUGGGCUGGACGAGGGUGCGAUAGGGGUGGUCACGCUCGAGGAUGUAGUCGAGGAACUGAUAGGGAAGGAGAUCAUCGACGAGAGCGAUCAGUACAUCGAUGCACACAGCGCGAGCGGUUUGAAGCGGAUCUUUGAGGGCAGACUUGCGCGGAGAAGGGUCAUUCUGGACAACAGGGAGGGAGGGUCGGGUGUAGGCAAGCUCAUAGAUCAUCCCUCUGAGGUAUAG